AUGUCAAUAGAAGAUAUGAGUGGUGGUGCCGUCGCUAUUGAAAUGAAACCUCAGCGUUAUAUCAACACUCUCGACAGCGGUUUAUUUGAACUUGGACCUGUUCAUCCUGACGCGGACCCACCAGACCCGACUGAAAUUCUAACUGCCAUCAAACUGAACGAAACUAAAAUCGCCCUUAAAUCAGGCUAUGGUAAAUAUCUAAGUGUGGAUAAGUCUAGUGGUGAACUUCUUGGACGUUCUGACGCAAUCGGUGAGCGUGAACAAUGGGAACCUGUUUUUCAGGAAGGUGAAAUGGCCAUAUGUGGUCCCAACGGCUGCUUUCUGACAUCGGAUGAAGAUGGAAACAUUCUAUGUAACCAGAGAAAAGCUGGUAGUAACGAGAUGAUUUCUAUUCGAUCGUGCGCCGAUCUCAGCAAGGACCCCAUGGCUGACAUCCCCGUUGAAGAACGGGCAUCAGUGAAACAAGCUGAGAUCAACUACGUGAAGAAAUUUCAGAGUUUUCAAGAUAGGCACCUGAAAAUUUGUAAAGAGGAUCCCUCAGUACUUAAAAAAGCGAAAAAGGAAGGAACUUUACAUGAGAAUUUAUUAGAUAGACGAGAAAAAAUGAAAUCCGAUCGAUAUUGUAAAUAA